UACACUUUGCAUCAGUGUUUAUUUGCCUUUAUUGAGUAUAUGCUGCGCGGAUGAGAGAUUUACCGUUUUUUCUGUGUGUGUGACGUACGAAAAAAAGGAAAAUUUUACAGAGAAAAAAAGUUAAUUUUUUGCAAUUAGAAAAAUUUUAUUAUUCCAAUUAGAGGAAAAUUUAUUGGAAUUAUAGAAAAUUAACGAAAUAAGUGUGUAAUAUGAAAUAAAUGUAAGCAAAAGCGAAUGAAAUAAACGAACGGAAUUGCAUUAAAAACGUUAAUACAAAGCAAUAUACAAAAAAUAAAAUGUUAGAGAUUUUUAAGUGAAUUUUAAAAGAAAAAAAAAAGAAACAAGCAAGAACAUCUGAAGAGAACAAAAACGAAAGAAAGCAACACUUCCCCAUCAUCCUCUUAGAAAAAAGGAAAGAGGAUUCCGAAGGAAUUUUGUUACAAGCAGAAUAAGUGCAAAAGUGUAGCGAUAUGCCGUUAUUUGGCAAAAAGGAUUCGGCCAAGAAAAGUAAGGCCAAGGAAAUUAAGGAAUUAAACAAAACCAUACCAAUAGAGGAUAAGUACAAUUUACAUGGCCUACUGGGUACAGGGGCAUUUUCUGAGGUACGCUUGGCGGAGAGCAAAGACGAACCUGGCAAACACUAUGCGGUAAAAAUAAUCGAUAAAAAAGCGCUGAAGGGCAAAGAGGAAUCGUUAGAAAAUGAAAUACGUGUGUUGAGAAGAUUCAGUGCCAAUCAUCAGAAUGAUAAUGCCGCUGCAACAGAUUCCACUGGUAACAACAGAUUAACACACCCAAAUAUAGUGCAACUAUAUGAAACGUAUGAAGAUAAAUCAAAAAUCUAUCUGGUCAUGGAACUAGUGACCGGAGGUGAACUAUUCGAUCGUAUUGUGGAAAAGGGUUCCUAUACCGAAAAGGAUGCCUCAGACUUGAUACGACAAAUCCUCGAAGCCGUCGACUAUAUGCACGAGCAGGGAGUGGUGCACAGAGACUUGAAGCCGGAAAAUUUACUUUUCUACAGUCCCGACGAUGAUAGCAAGAUUAUGAUAAGUGAUUUUGGUCUCUCGAAAAUGGAGGAUUCCGGUAUAAUGGCCACAGCCUGUGGCACACCCGGCUACGUGGCCCCCGAAGUGCUGGCCCAAAAGCCUUACGGCAAAGCAGUGGAUAUUUGGAGUAUAGGUGUCAUCUCGUACAUUCUCCUCUGCGGCUAUCCGCCAUUUUACGAUGAGAAUGAUGCCAAUCUAUUUGCCCAAAUCUUAAAGGGCGAAUUUGAAUUCGAUUCACCCUACUGGGAUGAAAUCAGUGAUUCGGCUAAGGAUUUCAUACGACACUUAAUGUGUGUUAAUGUUGAGAAACGUUUCAACUGCAAACAAGCGCUAGCACACCCUUGGAUCUCAGGCAAUGCAGCCGGCAAUAAAAAUAUUCACGCCACGGUUUCAGAACAACUCAAAAAGAAUUUCGCCAAAUCCCGUUGGAAGCAGGCCUACUUGGCCGCCACCGUUAUACGACAAAUGCAACGUUUGGCCAUGGGCGAGGGUAGUAAAAGUAAUUUGUUAAAGGACUCAAAAAACAACACUAGCAGUUCACAAACAACCACCGAAGGUGAUUCAACAACUAGUGCGAGUGCUGCUGGUGGAGCAGGAGGUGGAGGAGAAAGUAGUGGUAGUGCUAAGCAAACGAUUAAUGAAAAUACGACGUCGCCAUCAUCAUCAUCGAAUGCUGCUGAGUUUCAAAGUCAAAGAAUCUCAUCGCCUAGUUCUGCGGCCGCUGCAUCUUGCCUAAAUGGUAGUGAUCAGAGGAACAAAUAAAUAGUGGUAAAUGGUUUUUAAAAUGAACUAGAUUAAACUAACCCAAAAAAAUAAUUUCGAUAUGAACCAAAAAAAAAGUGAUGCAAAAGAAACAAAAAACAAAUUAGGAAAAUCAAAUCGAAUUAUUUUUUUCUUUUUUCAUAAAUUGAAUACUGCACAUUAACAAAAAAUUAAAAAAAAAUAAUAAUAAUUAUAAUUAUAUAGUCGCAUUAAGGGCUUUCAAAACGUAAAAAAUCAGAGUUAAAGAUUGUUUUUAAUUUUAAUUAAUUUUAUUGCUUAAAUUCUUUAAAUAAUUACUUAAGAUUAAUACUUUUUAUUGUGUAUUUUUUAAAUUUAAAGUUGUUAUUUUUGGAAAAUUGUUUUGCCCCGAAGAUGUUAAAACUUUUGUUGUUUUUACUAUUAGAAAAUUUCUAAUUAUUCUGAAAUUAUGUAUUACUUUUCCUAAGGGUAAAUCUGUGCUGUUUUAAAUUACAGUGUUAAGUGCGAAACAAAAUUCUUAAAAUUUCUUUUUGUCCAGUUGAAUACAUGACCAUCUAAGAGACUGACAGCCUUUCUGAUAUCUUUCUUAUAUUAUCAAAAUUGAAAAUUGUUACUUUGAAGCAAAAAUUACUUAAAUGGUCAACUUCUAAUACUAGAAGUUCUUUUUAAAAGGGUCUGAUUGAUGUUAUUUAGUUUUUGUUUCGAAGACUUUGAAAAACAGUUUCAAUUUUGAACAAAAAUCUUAUUUCCUUUUAAAAAAAUUUGAUUUUUUGUUAUUUUUAUUAAAUAUUUGAAAUGAUUCCGUAAACUCAUUAGGUAAAGUACAAAGCACUAUUUUAUAUAAAUAUUAUUUACGUUUUUUUUGGGUAAUUUUCAUAUAACAUUUAAACAAGAGUGUUUUGAUUUCAUUCUGAUUAAAACAAGUUUUCUAAUAUCAAUUCAAAGUUUGAACUUUAAAAGCAAUAAAUGAUGAAUGUUAAUAUGCUAACAAAUAGCUAGCUAUCGCAGUUUUUAUAAUACUUUAUAAACAAUAAAUAUGACUUUGAUGUCAUAUUUGUUUUGUUUCAUUAAAGUUCAAAACAAUGUUUUCGUCUAUUUGUUGAUAAUUCCUAUUAACUCGCAAAUCGAAAAUCUUCUACGACAAAAUAACAACUUUACUAGCUCAUUUUAUAUUAUUUAUCGAUAUUUUAAAAAUUUUUUUUUUUAAACGAAUUUAUUUUUUUAUACAUAUUUUAUAUUUAUAACAAUUUUAUUAUCUAAAGCUUUGCUCAUUCCCAACUUUCUACUUAGUUUGCCAGUCAACUUAAAUGUCUUAAUUAUUAAGAAAAAUCGUUUAAAAAUCCAUUAAUAUUUACAGCAAAAGUCAUAAAAUGAAUAUGAAUUAUACACAAUUUUUUUUCUUAUCACCAAGUUUAAGUGUGAUCGUGCAAAUUUUUCUAAUAUAUAAUAAUAACUAAACAAUAUUUAUAUUGUAGGUAUUUUUUUAAUAAUUUAUUAUUCAAACGAAUUUAUAUUAUUACUACUAUUUUAUGUAUUAGCUUAAUACCAUUGAUCUUUAACCCUGAUUUUCUAUGAAAAACAUUUUUAACUAUUUGCAAAUUAAAACAAAAAAAAAAAAACAAGUAUAACAAACAAAAAAAAAGUUAUAUAAAAACGUGUAACAGAAAAAAAUAAUUAAAGAGAGCAGACAGACGCAUAUUUAAUCCAUGACGAAAAGAAUUAUUAACAAUUAAACAAAA